AAUGGCAGGGUCUGUGUAUUUUGAAAGUCCAAGUAUUGUGUGGUGGAUUCUGGUGCCUUUUGGCAUGUUUCUUACUUCGGUCACAUACUUGUCACCAGAGUCUAUAUGUUACCUGGGACCUCUGGGGGAAUUUGCCAGGUGGCUGGGGACUAAACAACCUGGGAUUGCAGCAGUUAUAUUCUACGGGGCCUGGGGUUUUCAUAUAGGAGAAGCUCUCUAUGCAGUUAAAGCAUGCAGUGACAGAGGAAUUGAAGGGAAGACCAAAUGGAAGUGGGUUAUACAGACAUUUAUAAUGGGCGUGUUUUCACUAAGUAAACUCAUAAGGUACAACCCAAAGGACAGCUGACCUUCUCUGUGAUGGAUAUUUCAUUUUUAAAUAAAUAGCACAAAUGCACAAUGACUUUGUUGACCAAAUGCUUUUUGUACCUCAGGGAAAAUUUACUUGUAUUUUGAUGUGAUAAAUAAAUGUCAUGUACAAAACUGUUAAUGGAAACGAGAAAGACAUUAAUUAUGGUAAACUUUCUUAAAUUUAAUUAAUUUUUUUUAAAUUUUGAUUUUUGAUUUGAUUUUUUUUUUAUUUCAACAUUUUUUAACCAAGGAUAAAUGUGGCAUUGGAGAGUACUUGGAAUAUGUGUAAUUCACUGAUUUUUACAAACAGGUGUAAAUUAAAGUUAAGAAGGAAAAAAAUUGAAGAUUAGAAGAGUGCAGGAGAUUUUAAAUGUCUGUUGUUCAAUACAGAUACCCAAUAGAUUAAAUUGUGCAUGCAUUCUAUAUCAAUAACAUUAUUAGUGUGUGCAUGAAUUUUUUAUUUCUUAUUUAUUAACAAAUAAUAAUAAGUAAAUAAAUAAAUGAAUAAAGAAGAAAAUCCUUAAUUGCCUUGAAUAGUCAGAAUGACCAUUGUUAAUUAAUAUAUUUUGAUUAAUAAAUUGACAAUCAUA